AAUAUUAGUCUUAUAAGAAGUAAAAACCCCGUGCACGCCUUGAUCGGCCACGUGUAAGUGAUCGUGAAGAGGGGUGAGGGAUUCAGUCAGGCUCGGAGAGAGUGAAGAGAUGGGAGAUUCGGGGUUGGGAAAGCAAGAAAGCAGACCAGAAAUGGCCGCGGAAGAAGGGAAAAGAGCAGCCGCACAGUUGUUCCACCUCCUUUCCAAUCUACUCCAUCAGGUAGAAACAUUGACUAAUCGGGAAGAAGUUGAAUUGCGUUCCAAAAUUGAAGCCCUUGGAUUGGAGGUCACAAAAGUUCCUUCCAAGUCUGCACACGGCCUUGAUGAGCUGGAAAUAGCCAAAGAGUUGGACAAAUUAUCGGCUAAGUUGGAUGGUGUGGAUGAGAUGAUAUCCUCAGCCAUGGCUGCAGACCCCCACGUGCAGUCGCUUCUGAGUGGCACCGCUGAUGUAUGGAUGCCAGUUAUUACUGCCAAUGCUGACGAGCGACGCAACUUCACAGCAUCAAUGCCACACGAUAAGCUUCAAGAUAAGCCUCAAGCCGACGAGAAUCUCUCCAAUUGAUAUAUCAUAUAUAUAUAUAUAUAUAUAUAUAUAUAUAUAUAUAUAUAU